UGCUGCUUUAGUUUCAGGCUUGUUGCUUUUUAUGUUUCUACUUUGCUGACAUAAUUUAUGCUAUAGUUGUAAAUAAAUAUAAAUGUAACGAAAAUCUUUGGCUUUGUGUACAAAACAAAAAUCCUAUGUACAUCUCUGUUUCAUAUAUCCAAAAUUCUAUAGUUAUAACUAGUGGUAUAUUGACUUCAUGUAUGCGUUGGCUUUUCAGUUUGCGUUUUGGAAAUUUGGAUACUUCUGCUUUCUGGAUGAUGAGUGACUAUGCUGUGGAGCCAAUAAAUGAUGGAAUUAGUGAAUUCAAUGUUGAAUUCCAUGGUCCAAAAGAAAGCCUUUAUGAAGGUGGUGUCUGGAAAGUUCGUGUUGAGCUGCCGGAUGCUUACCCAUACAAGUCUCCUUCCAUUGGGUUUCUGAACAAAAUAUACCACCCAAAUGUCGAUGAGCUGUCUGGUUCCGUAUGCUUGGAUGUAAUUAACCAAUCAUGGAGUCCAAUGUUUGAUCUGCUCAAUGUGUUUGAGGUUUUUCUUCCACAGCUUUUGCUUUACCCAAAUCCUUCAGAUCCACUAAAUGGUGAUGCAGCAUCGCUGAUGAUGAAGGAUCAGAAACAAUAUGAACAGAAAGUGAAAGCAGAACACAUGGAGGAAUUGAAGCAGAGUAUUGUGAACGUUAUGCAAAGAAGGAGAAUAUCACCAGCACUCUGAUAGAAGAGAGUGACGAGGAGUUAAGUGACGGGGAUAUCAGUGAUGGACGAAGUGUGUCUAGCGAAGAUGAUGUUGCUGGAAAGGCAGACCCUUAAAGGGAUGAAUGGCCCGGACUUCAACAUACCAAAUUCAUCUCAUGUUUGCAUAUUGAUUUUUAACUCAAAUGUAUGACAUUAUGUUAAUUGUUUGUAAAAUGAUACUUGGGUACAAGAUACCAUGCAUGUGUAUCAAAUCCAUAUUUAUGCUGGCACAUUCGUUCAAAGAAGAAUAGAAAUGAAGAUAUUGUUUUUAUU